CGGGAAGCAGCAGCUCACUGGGGCUGCAGCGUAUGAGGGAAUCUCAUCCUGACUCCAUCUAUUUAAAUCUGGAUUUUUUUCACAAGCCUUUUUACAUGCUUUGCGGUGUUCUCUGAUCCUCUUUACGCUCAACUGCAAACAUAAAGAGGAAAAGGGACUUCAUUGUCUGGAUGAGAAAUGGACCUGGAUCCCGGAUUCUAUCGGCCGGUGGAUGUCCAGGCUCACGCUCAUUAUAUCGUUGCCUUCUUUGUCUUGGUGAUUGGAACAUUGGGUGUUACAGGAAACGCCUUGGUCAUGUACGCCUUUUUCUGUAACAAAAAGCUACGGACUCCUCCCAACUUUUUCAUCAUGAACCUGGCAGUCAGUGACUUCCUCAUGGCGAUCACACAGUCACCCAUCUUCUUUGUGAACUCCCUCUACAAGGGGUGGAUUUUUGGGGAAACAGGCUGUAAGAUAUACGCCUUCUGUGGAGCUUUGUUUGGAAUAACUUCUAUGAUAAACCUUCUGGCUAUAUCUCUUGAUCGCUACAUCGUCAUCACCAAGCCUCUGCAGGCCAUUCGCUGGACCUCAAAGAGACGCACUUGCCUCAUUAUCGCCCUGGUCUGGCUGUACUCACUGGCCUGGAGCCUCGCACCCCUUUUAGGGUGGAGUUCGUACAUACCAGAGGGCCUGAUGACCUCAUGCACAUGGGACUAUGUGACAUCUACUCCUGCCAAUAAAAGUUAUACUUUGAUGCUAUGCUGCUUUGUAUUCUUCAUCCCUCUGGCCAUUAUAUCCUAUUGUUAUCUGUGCAUGUUCCUGGCCAUCCGCACUGCAAGCAGAGAUGUGGAGAAGUUUGGGUAUCAGGUGAGGAAGUCAACCCUGAUCCACCAGCAGUCCAUCAAGACUGAAUGGAAGCUGGCCAAGAUUGCCUUUGUGGUCAUCAUAGUGUUUGUGCUUUCCUGGUCGCCCUAUGCAUGUGUCACCCUCAUCGCCUGGGCUGGAUAUGCAAGUGUCCUCACUCCCUAUUCAAAAGCGGUGCCUGCUGUUAUAGCCAAGGCAUCAGCCAUCUACAACCCUUUUAUUUACGCCAUCAUUCACUCUAAAUACAGGGACACCAUGGCAGAAAAUGUUCCCUGUCUUCACUUCCUAGGAGAGCCCCCCAGGAGGAAGUGCAUAUCAGUGUCACACAGCGAGUCCUCCCUCAGGGACUCAAUGCUGAGCAGACAGUCGUCUGGCUCCAAAACCAGGUUUCAGAGAGUGUCCUCCAUGUCUACAGCUGACACAGUUUGGAGCGAUGUGGAGCUGGACCCAAUUGAUGAGAGCUAUAGAGUGAAGUCCAGCUAUUCCCUUGGAGCUUUGAGGGAGAAAGACCCAAAGUCAUUGGCUAAGCAGACCAAGGGAAAGGGAAGCUACAGCCAGGAACAGAUCCGCAUCCCAGAGAGAGUCACCACCAGCAGAUGUGAUCACACCCUGUCGCUGGAGUCUGUCAACACAGUAAUGCGCCUGGCCAUUGGGAGGAGAAUGGAGGAGAAUCCUGAAUGUUUGAAUAAAGACAAAAAACAGGAAGCAGAACAAGAUAAAAAGGGUGGGCAAGAACAGACAGAGACACAGCAAGUUCAGAAGGAGAAAGAUGAUAAGGAGCUGGAAGUCCUCCUCCAGCCAGACUCUCUGGACAAAAUUGCAUCUGUGCACUCCCAAGCAGUCAUCAGACUCGACUUAAAGAAGGACCAUGGCUAUUGUGAGGAAAAACAAAGCACACAGAGUCAUAAGAGAGAACUGUUGCUCCGUUUACAGCCUCCGGACUGUUCUGCUCAAGUAUUUGAGUCUGUGCAAAGAUAUCUAUAAUCUAAAUAUUUAAAGUGUUUAUUUAUCUAAGUGUGAGCAGAAGAGUAAAGUUGUUUUGUUUUUGUUUACGAAUGUCUUUUAAGUAGCUGUUAAACUUUCAUCUCAAGCGUUUAACAAUACAGUUCAAUUAAAGUUAUUGGUUUGACUGUUUUUAUGCAUUCUUAUCAACACUGUCACAGCGGAGCAAAGAUAAAUCUUAUAUCAUAAUGAAACCUCGACUUUAAAUAACUUCCAAAUUAAGGCACUUUUAUUCUAAAGUGCACUGUGUCCAAGGGGACAAAAACUUACUGUAUAACAAGAGUCAUUAAAGACCACCCAUAUUUAUUAUCAAUUAUUUGUAUUUAUUUUAUUUUAUGACAAAGCAAAUAUAUACAUGAGUUUACUUUAUACACAAAAAAAACUGAAUCUUUGACUUUAAAUAAAUGUAUCAUGUCAUCACAUUUCACGUAACUAUUAGGUUAGUUGAAAGCAAUAUUAUUAAGUUGAACCUAAUUAAACGUAAUAUUACUGCUUUCAACUAACCUAACACAGUCAUGUGAAAUGUGUUCACAUAAUACAUUUAAUUCAACCAAGCAAUGAGAAAAUGUGGUUAAUAUUUGAAUGUCUAUAAUGCACAACUGGCCAGUCUAUUAUGCAUUUAUGAAUCUUUACAGAGCUCAAUAUAAUAUAUGUAAGGCCAUAUACUGGUGCUUAUCAUGUUUUGUAUGUUUUCUGAUAUGUGUCGUAUCAUGCGUUAUAAAUCCGGAAACUUUCAUUCACUGCAGCUACUUUGAAAACAGUGUUACUUAUAGUGUUGAUAUAAAGUGUUUUGCUAACCAAAGGGAGUCAUGUUGCAUAAACAACUACCAUGUGCCAUGUAGCAAACCAUAAAGAUACUUGAUGCCCUGAUGUAUCAUAAUUUAUCAUGCAUUGUGAUUUCAUGACAAGGAUUAAGCCUGCAUGUUCUCAGGAACAGUGUUAGCACCGCAACAAGCAACAUUUGGCACCUUUUCCUUCUUUGCUUAUUCCAUAUUUGUUGCUUUUGCUGCUUUCGGUACAUUUUAAACUAGAAUGGUCCUUC